CACGCUGUCGCUGAAUUUGUCAUUUUCCGGUCGUCAGCGUACGCGCGAGUUUUAGCGAGUGUGUUGAGAAAAAGAUUGUACAAAGAAAAAAUAAAAAGAGUCGCUAAAUAGUGCUAUUAAAUUAAGUUAUUAACUGACAAUAGAAACUACACACCAACACACUAAAACCACCAAUUAAAAUGGCAGACAAAGAAGUCAGUAUGGAAGUUAACGGUGAAGACUUCACCAAGGAUGUGACCACCAAUGAUGUGGCGAGCUCUGAAAAUGGUGAUGCGACUCCCGCUACCGGCGCCGCUGCAAAUGGCAGUACCGAAAAUGCAGGCGCUGCGAGUAACCAGCGCGAUGACGACAGAAAACUGUUUGUUGGCGGUCUCAGUUGGGAAACCACUGAAAAGGAACUGCGCGAUCAUUUCGGCAAGUUCGGUGAUAUCGAGAGCAUCAAUGUGAAGACAGAUCCUCAGACGGGAAGGUCGCGAGGCUUUGCCUUCAUUGUGUUCACCAACACGGAGGCAAUUGAUCAAGUUAGCGCCGCCGAGGAGCACAUAAUCAACAGUAAGAAGGUUGACCCCAAGAAGGCCAAGGCGCGCCAUGGCAAGAUCUUCGUGGGUGGCCUCACCACAGAGAUCACCGAUGAGGAGAUCAAAACCUACUUCAGUCAGUUUGGCAACAUUGUUGAGGUGGAGAUGCCAUUCGAUAAGCAAAAGUCACACCGCAAGGGAUUCUGCUUCAUUACCUUCGAUUCGGAGCAGGUGGUCACCGAUCUGCUGAAGACACCCAAACAGAAAAUCUCCGGCCGGGAAGUUGAUGUGAAGCGCGCGACGCCAAAACCUGAGAACCAAAUGAUGGUCAUGCGAGGUGGAGCGCGAGGUGGCAUGAGGGGAGGACGUGGUGGAUAUGGCCGUGGUGGUUAUAACAAUCAAUGGGAAGGCCAGAAUUCGUAUUCGGGAUAUGGCGGCUAUGGCGGUUAUGGUUCCGGUGGUUUUGCCGAUUACUAUGCCGGUGGCUACUAUAAUGGAUAUGACUAUGGUUAUGACUACGGUUAUGGCGGCGGCUUCGAUGGUGGCUUCGGCGGUGGCAAUGGCUACGGCAGCGGAGGCGGCGGUGGCGGUGGCGCUGGUGGCGGGCGCGGUGCCGGCGGACCGCGCGGCGGCCCAAAAGGCGGCGGCGGCUUCAACGGCGGCGGCAAGCAACGUGGCACUGGACGCCAGCCCCGACAUCAGCCCUAUUAAAAAGGGGGCGGGGCAGGUAGCCCUUACCCCUAACCACCGUCGCAUCUACUUAUAUAUAUCUGCAAACUAUUUGAAUUUUUAUUAGUUUAGUUUGUUAUGCAUACUACGAAACAACACAACACACACACAAAGAAACACCGAAUACAUACACACACGCACACACACUCGCAUCCAUAUUGUAAGAAGUCUACAGAAGCGAACUGCAGGCAGACCUCAAAUAUUUCUCAUGGCAGCAAAAGCAAAGCAAAACCAACAUUACACACACUUGUUGUGUGGCACCAUUCCAACAACAACAACAGCAAAAAUAACUACAGAACAGCGGCAACAACAACUAGCAGAAGAGAAGAACACCAACAGCGGAAAAAGCAACAAUAACACAAUAUGGUUAGACAAAGAGAGAGAGUUUAGGCUUGGAGGGUGGUUAAUUUUUCAUAGUCACACUUGCUAGCAAGAAGCCCCCCACUCAGCAGAAGAAACAGAAGCAGAAAAAGGAAACAGAGCAGAAGUAGAAAUUAAUGCAGAAGUAGAAGCUGAAACAGAAGUUUAUGCAGAAACAGAAGCAGAAGUAGAAGCAGAAGCAUAAGCUGAAACAGAAGCAGAAGCUGAAACAGAAACAAGUCGAAACAGAAACAAGCAGAAGUAGAAACAUUUACAGAAGCAGAAACAGAAGCAGAAGCAGAAACUGAAGCAAGUAGAAGCAAAAGCAGAAGCUGAAGUAGAAGUAGAAGCUGAAAAAAGAAAAAGAACCACAUUAAGCCAAGUGCGGCUCAACAACUAAUUUGUUUCACCGGAAUGUAGUCCUUAUACAUUAUGCGAGCUAAUUGUUUAACUUGUAAGCAGGGUCAUCCAUUCAUACAAACAAACAAACAAACAUACAGAGAUCUAUUUACAUAUAUAAAUAUGUACAACACCUAAAAAGAAACACACAAACAAACAAACAAAACACAUAGCCACAGCCACAACAAAUGAAAGAAAUAGAAAUGUUUAAUGCAUACAGAUAUAUAUAUACAUAUAUAUAUAUAUAAAUACUUUAUUAAAAUACAAUAGACUUUAAGUAUUUGUUUAAACUUAACUUAAUUUAAUAUUUGUAAUAUGUAAUGCAUAAUAUAAUAGAACAUAGAACUCUUGCUACGACAGCUGGACCGCCUCCUGCGGUGCGGACGGGGGCUGUCUGUCUUAGUAGAAGAAGAAGAAGAAGGAAGGGGAAUAGGCAGGAGAAAGAGAGAGGAGAAGAGGGGGCCAACACCGCCUCGCAUUGUCCAAGUCCGCUUAAAACUACAACAAACAAACAACAGAUCCACCAAAUUGCAUAAAGAAAGAAAAGAAAAAGAAAAAACAGAAUACGAUUUUUCCGAUUAACGUUUUUUUGUGUAUGUAUUUGCGCUCAUUACAUAGAUUCUAAUAUAUAAUAGUACACAGAUAUACAUAUAUAUAUAUACUAUAUAUAAAGAUAUAUACAAAUUGAAAAGAGAAUUUUAUAUUUUAAUAAAAAUCUAAUACAGCGUAUGGCAACAAGAACAAAGAGAGCUACAAAAACGUGAAAUGAGAUGUCAACUUCUAUAAUAAUAAAUAAUAAUAAUAACGAUAAUAUUAAUAAUAAACAAAACAAAAAAAAAACCCAACUCAAAAAACUUCAAUGAUGUAUAGUUUUUAAAAGAGACUUAUUUGUUAAAGAAAAAAAGAGAAAAAUAUAUAGGCAUAUAUAUUAUAUAUACCACAUAAACAAUAUAUAUACAUACAAUUAACUAAUAGCUAUUUAAAUGGAGAUUGAACUAAAUGUUAAUUGACGUCCGCUUUGAGAUUUUCGGAGAAAUCGAAGAAAGAAUUUACAGUUUUCCAAACUCCAUUUAGAGUGAAGCUCUCGAGUCAGCCUCUCAAAUGUUUAAUUUUUCACACUUAUUAAUAGUUAUUAAAAACACAUUCUUUGACAAAACCAAAAA